GACGGGGGAAAGAUGGCUGCGCGCUGGAGCAGUGAGAAUGUGGUGGUAGAGUUUCGGGAUGCGCAGGCAACUGCCAUGUCAGUGGACUGCCUCGGCCAGCACGCUGUUCUCUCAGGGAGGCGAUUCUUAUAUGUCGUAAAUCUGGAGACGCCGUCCGAAGCUCCACGGAAAAUCAGCCGCCAAAGCAAAUGGGAUGUUGGAACAGUGCAGUGGAAUCCACACAAAACGGAGGCCCAUUUAUUUGCUGCAUCUAGUAACCAGCGUGUCGACCUGUACGUUUGGCGUAAUGGAUCUGGUGAACCAAACAAUUCUCUGCAAGGACACACGCGUGUUAUAAGUGACUUGGACUGGUCCUGGUUUGAACCGGAGUUUCUUGUCACCAGUUCUGUGGACACAUACAUCUACAUAUGGGACACGAGGGACACUCGGAAACCGACUGUGGCGCUGUCUGCCGUAGCCGGAGCCUCUCAGGUAAAGUGGAACAGAAGAAAUCACUAUUGUUUAGCCUCCAGUCAUGAUGGUGAUGUCAGAAUCUGGGACAAGAGGAAACCCAACACUGCAGUGGAGUAUGUAGCAGCCCACCUUUCAAAAAUCCAUGGACUGGACUGGCACCCUGAUAAUGAGUACGUCCUGGCCACUUCCAGUCAGGACAACUCUGUCCGGUUCUGGGACUACAGACAACCUCGGAAAUACCUUGAUAUCUUGUCCUGUCAGGUGCCCGUAUGGAAGGCCAGAUAUACGCCCUUCUCUAACGGGCUGGUAACAGUAAUGGUUCCUCAGCUACGGCGAGAGAACAGUCUCCUCCUGUGGAGCACGCUGGAACUCAACAGCCCCGUUCAUGCCUUUGUGGGUCAUGAUGAUGUCGUGCUUGAGUUUCAGUGGAGGCCACAGAAAGAAGGUUCCAAAGACUAUCAGCUGGUCACAUUGUCCAGAGACCAAACCCUCAGGAUAUGGAGAGUGGAUCCGCAACUCCAAAAGCUGUGCUGUGCGAAUGACAUCGUGGAGGAGUUGAUGGAGGGCUUGACUCUCACGACAGAGACGGAGAAGACGCUGCGCUCGCAAGACACCGAGCCUCCUCUCGGUCCUGGACCCACAGCGGAGAACUCGCAGGAUCAGCUUGAAGGCCCACAGUCUGGCCUGAUGUCCGGUGGUAAGAAUGAUGUCCUGGGUUUACCUCAGACUCUACAGCAGGAGUUUUCUCUUGUCAACCUGCAGAUUCGUAAUGUCAACGUGGAGAUGGAUGCCGUUAACCGCAGCUGCUUUGUGUCAGCCGACUGCAGAGCUAACCAUGUCCGUCUUGUUGUGAAGUUUCCUGCCCAGUACCCCAACAAUGCUGCUCCAUCUUUCCAGUUUGUUCCUCCGACAAACAUCUCGUCUUCUAUGAAGACCAAGAUACAGAAGAUCUUGACUGAUACAUCCCUUCAGAAGGUGAAGAGAAACCAAAACUGCUUAGAGCCAUGUGUCAGACAGCUGGUGUCUUGCUUAGUGUCAGAUAUGGAGGUUGGUUCAAACCCCUACAUACUGAACAACCCAGUGACUCCUGCGCUUCCUGCUUUUCCUCGAGUAACCAACACCUAUGGCUCAUACCAGGACGCCAACAUCCCCUUCCCCCGCACCUCAGGGGCACGCUUCUGUGGGACAGGUUCCUUGGUUUAUUUCACACGGCCCAUGACUAUGCAUCGUACACUCCCACAGACUGAACCUACUCCAAGGUCACUGUCAGCUCUCUCAGCAUAUCACAGCGGGGUGAUGACGCCCAUGAAGAUGCGAACAGAGUCUCAGUCCACACUGAGGUUGUACAGCGGGAGCCCCACACGCACAGACAAAGACCAAGUCUCCAUUUCCUCUUUCUACUACAAAGAACGGAAGCCCCCUCUGUCUGCUCCCCGCCGUUGGUCUGUGCAGACUAUUCAUGACUGUCCGAAAUCACGUCGCUGGAAGGGCAAGCGAGAGGGAACAGACUACAGCAACAGACCCAGUAAACUGGCUGGCAAAGUCAUCAUCCAGGAGAUCUCGUGUCUGCUUCCUGUGCACAAAGCCCUUGGGGAGACAUAUGUACUAAAUGUUAAUGACAUACAGGACACUUGUCAGAAGAACGGGGCUGCAGCCUUAGCUGUAGGCCGCAGAGAUUUAGCAAAGGUCUGGGCUCUUGCUUCAGCAGCCACUAGCCAUGACCUCAAUCCUGACCCUGACCCUGAUGCUGGAACUCCCUGGGCCAAACAUCCUUUCGGGCAACACCUGCUGAAAACUUUACUGGAGCACUACAGUCAGAUGAGUGAUGUUCAAAGUCUGGCCAUGUUGUGUAGUGUGUUCAGAGGUCACGGCAGUCCUCAGGAAUACUUCACUCUAUAUGGACAUCAACAGCCAAGACCAGCCAUCCUUACACCCCACCACUCUCACUAUCCCAGCUUCACCUCAAGUUCUGUAACAUCUGGGUCGUGUUCAAGUACGUCAGAUUCUGCGGCGAUUCCUUGGAACAUGGGUGUUCGUGAAUCAGAACACGCCCCUCCCUGGAGUGAAUCAUCACCUGAUGACUAUCGCAAUGCAAACCAGAUAUACACUGACCCACGAGAGCGAGAAAAAGAGCAACACGACAUGAACAAAAGGUUACUGGACCCUUCCAAUUCUUUCCAGUUUGAUGACUUUAAGAAAUGUUAUGGUGAGAUUCUGCACCGUUGGGGUUUGAGGGAGAAGAGGGCAGAGGUGCUCAAAUUUGUUUCUUGCCCACCAGAGCCACACAAAGGCAUAGAGUUUGGCGUUUAUUGCUGUCACUGUCGCAGUCAGACUCGAGGCACCCAGUGUGCUGUCUGCAAACGCUUUACCUUCCAGUGCGCCAUCUGUCACGUGGCCGUCCGCGGCUCUUCUAACUUCUGCCUGAGCUGUGGCCAUGGCGGACACACCAGUCACAUGAUGGACUGGUUCCGCUCUCAAGAGGUCUGUCCCACAGGCUGUGGGUGCCACUGCCUCUUACAAAGCACUUUUUGAAAUAAAAAAAAUAAGGAAUGUUCCUGGUUCAGUACAAGAUAAGUUUAAUCAACAGCAUUUGUAGCAUAAUAUUGAUUACCACAGAAUUAUUUUGACUCGUCCCUCGUUUAUAAAAAAAAAAAAAAAAAAAGUCUGAUAGAGUAAGGCAGACCAAUGAAUGGGGCCAGUCCAUAAACGGUAAAAUACACAAUGUUUCUAAAGUAUAGCCACAAUAUGUAAACAAUAUACAUGUUAACAUGGUUUUAGCGUGAUAAAAUCGAUUACAGGGUUUACCGGCGUUAUGUCCUCAUGACAACAAAAUAUUAUUGGAUAUAGUUUUACACAGAAAAGGUUAGUAAGCGAUUUCAUCACAUUAAAAUCAUGUUAACAUGUAUAAUGUUUACUUUGAGUUUAGUGACGUAUAUUACCAUCUUUGCCGUUUACAGGAAACUGAAUUAUAACAGAAUGUUUUUUUUUUUUUGUGGUAAUCAACAGUAUGCUACAACUGCUGUAGAUUGAGCCUAACUUGUAUUGAACCUGGAAUAUCUAUUUAAAGGUAUAGUUCACCCAAAAGGCAAAAAAUAUAAAUUCUGUCAUUAUUUACUCUUUUAUACAUUUACUCUAUAAUUACAUUAUUACCCGCAUGUCAUUCCAAUCUCAUUUGGUGUUAUAUUUCAGUUUAAAACAAAAGGAGAAUGAAGAAUCUUCAUGCAGCAAAAUUCAACAUAAAGUUAAUGAUGACUACAGCUUUCAAGCUGCAAACACGACAAAAAACACCAUAUAAGCACCUUAAAAGUAGUCUAUGUGACUUGUGUGCUCUAUUCCAAGUCUUCCUAAGCCAUACUAUAGCUUGGUGUGAGGAACAGAAAGAAAAUAAAACAUUAUACACUAAUAAUCUAAUUUUAGAGCUUCCACGGAUUUUCAGUGAAUAAUGACUAAAUUUGGUCUGACACAAAGAUAUUGCAUGGCGUCAUAACACUCAAAAUACAGUGCACAAGUCAUAUGGACUACAUUUAUGGUGCCUUUUUGUCCUUUUUGGAGCUUGACAGAUGUGGUCACUUUGAACUGUUGUAUAGAGAAGAGCUGCUUGAAGAUUCUUUAAAAUCUCCUUUCUGAAAAAGAGCAAACCGGUUUGGAAUGACAUGACAAAAUGUAAAUUUUUGUGUAAACUGUUCCUUUAAGGAAGCUAAGCUUGAUCUCAUGGCGAUAUGCCUCAAAGCUCUUGGUACUGUAGCAACUCCUCUGUGUACAGAUGUUGAGGAAAAUUUAUUAUUCCUGCAUCAGAUGGGAUGGACUAAGACCAUCUUACUGUUCGUUCAAGUGUAGAAUACCGUUAAACAAGGAGCCACAAACAUCAAACUUAUAAUGGGUCAAACCAGCCUAGUUAGUGAGUUAAUUGUUAUACAGUGCUGUUUUUUGCACUAUUAUACUGUUGAAUUGUAUAGAAGGUGCCAAGAAAUUUCAUCUUUGAAACAUAAAAAGAAAAGAGUGUUAGUUGCUGAUUUUUACGGUUCUAAAAGAUUUUUCUUCAGAUCGCUCUUUUCGAUUGAAAAGAAUAUUUAAAAAGUUGUGUUUUUCCUGCAGAUAAGACAUGUCUGAUGCUUUGGAAGAUUUUCCAGCAUGUACAGUAUGUGUGCCAUAAGAAUAUAAAUACAUUUGAUAAUACCUUUAUCAGUACUUGCUAUGCCACUUUGAUUUGUUGUAGUUAUGCUGCUGGAAAUCCCUUUUUAAUUCUCUUUCGAAUGUCUUCACAAAAGUGUAAAUCAAACAUAUUAACUGUCUUUACUACCUCAUGAAUCAAUGGGCAUAAUUCAUAUUGUUUUUUUUAAAGGUAAGAAUAACAAAUAAACCUACUAAGAU